CCGUAGCACGGCCGCGCCAUGGGUCCGGUGGUGGAGCGGCCGGCCGAGCCGGGCACGAGCAGCGUCGCCGAGCUGGAGCUGCUGAAGCGCCGAGCGGCCGAGCGCAUCGACGAGGCGGCCGAACGCCUGGGCGCGCUGAGCCGCGCCAUCUGGAGCGCGCCCGAGCUGGCCUACGAAGAGCACCGCGCGCACGGCGAGCUCACGCGCUUCUUCGAGCGCGAGCCGCCGGCCGCCUCGUGGGCGGUGCAGCCGCACUUCGGGCUCCCCACCGCCUUCCGUGCCGAGUGGGCGCCGUCGGAGGCCGCGGCGGGGCCCCGCGCGCUGCAGCUGGCCUUCCUGUGCGAGUACGACGCGCUGCCAGCCCUGGGCCACGCCUGCGGUCACAACCUCAUCGCCGAGGUCGGGACGGCUGCGGCGCUCGGCCUGCGGGCUGCGCUGGAGAGCAUCGCUGCGCCGCCGCCGGUCAAGGUGAUUGUCCUGGGAACCCCUGCAGAGGAAGACGGCGGUGGCAAAAUUGAUCUCAUUGAAGCAGGUGCCUUCGAAAACCUUGAUGUUGUUUUUAUGGCUCAUCCAUCUCAGGAGAACGCUGCCUAUCUCCCGGAUGUGGCCGAGCAUGAUGUGACUGUGAAGUACUACGGGAAAUCGUCUCAUGCUGCCGCUUACCCUUGGGAGGGUGUGAACGCCUUGGACGCUGCAGUGCUUGCCUAUAACAACCUCUCUGCAUUAAGACAGCAGAUGAAACCAACCUGGAGAGUUCAUGGUAUAAUAAAAAACGGUGGUGUGAAGCCCAAUAUCAUCCCCUCUUACUCCGAACUACUCUAUUACUUCCGUGCGCCCUCGAUGAAAGAGCUUCAAGUUCUGACCAAAAAGGCAGAAGAUUGCUUCAGAGCUGCAGCUUUGGCUACGGGCUGCACAGUAGACAUUGAAAGUGAAGCACACGAUUAUUACAAUGUCAUUCCCAAUAAGACACUGUGCAGUGCGUAUAUGGAGAACGGGAAGAAACUGGGAAUGGAGUUCAUCUCAGAAGAUGCAGUGCUGAGUGGCCCUUCAGGCUCUACUGAUUUUGGAAAUGUCAGUUUCGUGGUUCCUGGGAUUCACCCGUAUUUUUACAUUGGGACUGAUGCCUUGAAUCACACGGAGCAGUACACAGAAGCUGCGGGAUCACAAGUGGCCCAGUUGUACACGCUUCGUACAGCCAAGGCUCUGGCAAUGACUGCACUCGACGUCAUCUUUAAGCCUGCGUUGCUGGAAGGAAUCAGAAAGGAGUUUAAAUGUAAACUUCAAGAAGAGCAGCUUUUAAAUACAUCAGCAUAGAAGGAAACCCUAGGGGCGGCCCAGGAAACGCCAAGUUUUGUUUGCUUUUUACCUCUCAUGUUUUCCAGUGAAAAGAGGGCAUGGGUAACUGAGGACAGGAUAGAGCAAAAAAAAAAACACUAACUCACAUCUAGACUUAGUGGAGUUUGUGAUACUUCAGGCACUGGUGUGUAAUACCAUCUAUUAAGCCAGAUGAUACCUGAUCCUGUAACAUUCGGUAAUGUUUUGUAAGUGGAUCUGUUGUAUCGUGUUACAAGUCCCACAAGUUUCAGAAGGAACACUCAUGAGCUCUGUGGUUCAGAGUAUGGAAUGUCUUCUCAGCAGUUUAAAUUGAGCGCGGGGGGGGGGGAUUUGUUUUAAGUCUUAACUGUAUCUGUUUGGGUCUAAAGAAAAACUUAUAAUAAACAAAUGCUUGUAGGACACUCCUAGAGUCUCUAGUACGAAGAGUUAGCUUUACUUUUAACACUUAAGA